GCUAAGGAUGCGCGCGGAUUUUAGUCGCCAUUAGAAUAGCACAGAUUUAGGGACCCGGUCCCGGGUCUAGAGAGGUAGUCCCGCGUGUGGCCAAGCCGGGCAGGGCCCUUUCAGCAGUGCCCCUGUGUGUGGCCCGGCUUGUGUCUGAAGGAGAUACAGAUAUGAGUACCACAGUGAAGGGAGCAGAUGCUGGAGAGACAGCAUCCUUGAACAAGGCAAUGGCCACUUCCCCAAGUCCCAAAAUUAAGCCUGCAUGUGAACAAGAUAAGGUCUCAAGUACAGAGGACCCUAGGUACCAGGAAACCAGCCGAGGAAGAGACACAUUAGACCCCGCAGUCUCUCAUCAGAACUUGAGGUGGUUUCAGCGCCCUGGAGUAGCACCACCCCAAGAGGAGGAGCUGAGCCAAAUACGGGAGCUCUGUAUGCAGUGGAUGGAUCCUGAGACUCGUGCCAAAGAGGAUAUUCUGGAUAUGCUUGUGCUAGACCAAUAUGUGAUUGUCCUGCCCAGAGAGAUCAUGACGUGGGUGAAGUCACAGCCUUCAGAGAACAGUGAGGAAGUAGAGAUCCUCUUGGAAGAUCUGAGCCAGAUGUUUGAGGACAACGUUCUACCUUCUCAGGACUCUGCUGUUUCCCAGGAUCAGAGCUCUGCAGAAGAGGGAGCGGCUUCUAGGCCCCUGUCAGACGAAUCCCAGGACACUGUGACAUUUAAGGACGUGGCCGUGAUGUUCAGUCGGAAGGAGUGGUGGCAUUUGAAGCCAGCCCAGAUGGAGCUGUACAGGGACGUGAUGCUGGAGAACUAUAAGAACAUGGUCUCUGUGGGGCUUCUUACUUCUAAGCCAGAGCUGGUAGCCCAGUUGGAGAGAGGGGAAGCGCCAUGGAUGCGGAUCAGGAACGUCUCCAGAGGUGGUGCAGGUUCUGAGACCAGGUUUGUUACAAAAGAAUCAGCUCCAAAACAGAGCAUUUAUUUGAAAGACUCAUCUCAGGAAAAGCUCUCACAAGAUGGUUCUUGUGCUUCUACAUCGAGAGGAGCCUGGAAAUGUGAGGAAGGCAGGUUGGAAAAGCAGAAAGAUAAGCCAGAGAGACAAUCUAGUCAAGUAACACUAGAACAGGAGAAAAAUUCUAAGAUGAGAAGACCUAGAUGUAAUAUAUUUAGGAAAUACUUCAGGCCAGGGUCAGGCCUUGUUACAAAAAAGAAAGCUCCUUCAGGAACAAGUAUCAAUAAAUAUACUAAACUUAAAAUGAACCUCAAACAGUAUAUAGACCUAGUUAGAAGUAAAAUGACAAGCCCAGAGAAGAAACCCAAUUUUAAGGUAAGGCCGAAGACACGCAGUUACUACUCAAACCUUUUUAAGGCUCGUCGGAUCCCUCCUGGAAAAAAAGGCUACAAGUGUAAAGCAUGUGGGAAAACUUUCAUCUACAAUUCAUCUCUUACUCGACAUCUGAGAAUCCACACUGGGGAAAAACCCUACAAAUGUUAUGAAUGUAAGAAGAGCUUUAGGCGGCGCUCAUUUUUCAAUCUACACAAGAGAGUUCAUACUGGAGAGAAACCUUUUAAGUGUAAUCAAUGUAAUAAAGCCUUCAUCCGGGACUCAUCCCUUUUUAAGCAUCAAAUAAUUCAUACUGGAAAGAGACCCUACAAGUGUAAUGAAUGUAAGAAAGCCUUUACUCAGAGGGGAUUACUUAUUGAACAUCAAAGAACUCAUACUGGAGAGAAACCCUUUAAAUGUGAUGUGUGUAAGAAAGAUUUCAGCCACAAAUCAUCCCUUAUUCAACAUCAGAGAAUUCAUACUGGAGAAAGAACCUUCAAGUGCGAUAUAUGUGAAAAGGCCUUCAACCAGAGCACACGCCUGACUGAACAUAAAAGAAUUCAUACUGGAGAGAAACCCUACAAGUGUAAUAAAUGUGAGAAGGCCUUCACUCAAAGAACACAUCUCAAUGAGCAUCAGAGAGUUCAUACUGGAGAGAAACCCUAUAAAUGUAGUCAUUGUGAGAAAGCUUUCAGCAACAGCUCAUCCCUUACUCAACACCUGCGAAUUCAUACUGGAGAGAAACCAUAUAAAUGUAACCAGUGUGAGAAGGCCUUCAGUCAGAACUCAUCCCUUAUCAUACAUCUGAGAUUCCAUAGUGGGGAGACACCUUUCAAGUGUAAGGACUGUGGGAAGGCCUUCAGCCGUAACUCAUCCCUUACGAGGCAUCAGAAAACUCAUAGUGGGGAGAAGCCUUUCAAGUGUGAUGAAUGUGGGAAAGCCUUUGGUCGGAAUUCUUCCCUCACUGACCAUCAGAAAAUCCAUACUGGAAAGAAACCUUAUAAGUGUAAUGAUUGUGGGAUAUCCUUCAAUCAGAAUACGCGCCUUAUUGAACAUCAGAGAAUACAUACUGGAGAGAAACCCCACAAAUGUGAUCUGUGUAAGAAAGCCUUCAGGAGUAGUUCAGCUGUUCUCAGGCAUCAGAGAAUUCAUAGUGGAGAAUAACUAGGAGUGGGGUGGUACAAGGGGAAAGCUUCAGUCAUACUUGUCACUCAUUAAAUACCCCAGAGUCAAAUGAUCACAAUCUUCCACUUGGGAAUUUGAGAAAUAUUUCCCUCUUAUCUGUAGUACACUACCUGCUUUCAAGCAAUGGAUUUGCAUAAGUUGAAGCAGGAAGGAGUUUUGUUAUGAGAUCUGUUAGUAAUAGAGCUGCCAGGCCUUCUAAAAUAACUAACAAUAGAAGGAAUCUUUAUUAAGUUUCCAACUCUAGUAUUAGAACAACUGGGCAAUAUCUGUGAGUAAAGGGAUAAAAAAGUCCCACUAAAGUAAAUGCAUAUUUUAAAAGUACCCCUGUUACUUUUGGUGUGCACAAACUAGUUGUGGGCACAUCGCUGUGAAAUAUCUUCAGAGUCUUGUAUAUUUUGCCCUGAAACAAAUUCCUAGUGGUAGGUGGGCUAGUGAAGAGUGGAUAGGAUUUUUUCAGUUGGGGCCUGGCACUAGAUCUAGGAGAUGGAGGGGAUGAAGCAGGAUCCCCUAGUUUAGGAGUAAGGAAGAUAGAAAGUUUUUUUGGAGUUAACAAAACUUACUUAUUUCUUUUUCCUCCCAGGACAGUGGUGGGAGCUGUGUUAGAUACCUUCUUUGGUUGCUUGGCAUCCUCUUUUCUAUACCCCAGGGGUUCUAGUGCCCUAUGCUGCCUUCUGGCUACCCAAAGUCCUUCACUGUAUCUUCCACUCAUCCUUAUCUAUCUUCUUCCAUGAUGUUUUACAUUCCAGAAAAACAGCUUUCCUGCCUCCUCCCAUCAGGACUUUCCUCAGUGCAUCUUAAUAUGGAAAGUCAAUUUACCCUCGAUUCCCAAGCUUUACCUUCCAACCUGUUCUUUGAGGUUGAGCUAUGACUUAAUGGGUGAUAUUGCCUCCAAGCUGUGAACCAAGGGGCCCACAGAUUUCAGCCACGUCUGACCCCAGCCUUCCCAAAUAAAGGGUUUUGCUUCUUUGGAAUUGGAAUAGGAUCGAGGAGGUAAGCUGAAAGCCGUGUGGACUUUGGGCCACGUGGGGAAGUAGAUGAAGUUUCCUUUAGGCCCUCCCUUCCUUUUCCUGUUCCUGUCCACCCUGUCUUCUCUCCUCAGGGGCCUUUUCUGCUUAAUCUUGAAUCAGGUAUUAGUAACUAAGGGAACGUUGAUGGCAGCAUCAUAGUAUCCUAGAUCUAGAGUAGGAGCACCUUAGAGAACAUCUGGUCCAACUAGCUUGAUCUUAUUGGUGAUAAAACUGACCCAGAAGAGGGAGAUGACCCACUCAGGGUCAUGCAAGUGAUAAAUAGCAGAGUCAGGAUUCAAAUAAAGAUCCCGUGACUUCAAACCCAGUGUCUCCACUGGGCAGGGAAUUCUCAGCGUCACCAGACUAGAUGAAAAAGGGGUUUCCAUGAGGCCAAGAGGGGCACAAUCCUUGCCUUUCUCCUUUACCCUUGGUCUCUUCCCCAGAGUGUUUCCUUUGCCUUAGUUCCUCUGCCUUCAAGUUUGUAAUUCCCCCAUCAUAACACUGUAAUAAUACCAGUACUUUCCAGUUUAAAAAGCACCUUUUCAGUGACAACCUGUGUAGCUCUCCCCAGCUAUAGGGACCAGUUAUUCAUCCCUGUCAAAAUCAAUCCCAUUCAGGUAUUAGCUAAUAACUCAGGUGUGAAUUGAUGAGUAGUUAAAUGGUACUCCCUCCUUUAUAAUUUGAAACACCCAGUGGGAUUAUGGUUUAUAGCUGUUUCCCAUGGUUUCAUUCCCAUCUGUUUGUCAUACCCUGGGGAUGGCUUUGGUAACAACAAAUUGCCUCACCCUAUAAAAACAAACCUCUACCCCUUUUCUUUGAAACUCAACUCCCUAGAUCAAGCUGAUUACUAAAUCCCAGCAAGCCUUUUGUUUCUCUAGUUUUUAAGCUGUCCCUGUCUCCCUUUCUGUUAUCUCUGAUAUUGCUGAACUAGCUGCUCGGAUGAUUUAGAUACCAUUCCCCACUGAUUCCAAAUUCACCCUGACAUCUUCUACUUUCUUGCUUCUUAUGUUCUUCCCUCUAUAUCUUAGCCUGAUUCAUGAUCUUAAGCUACAUUGAGAGGUACAGUGUCCAAAAUGAGAGAGAUUCUAAUCUUACUAACUUUUGCCACGAACAGAACCCGUCUCUAAGUUCUAUGUUCAAUUUGGGGUGUCAGUUUUAAGAACAAUUUUGGCAAACUGGAGCACAUACAGAAGAAGAUGAUGUGUAUUCUGAGGGGAAAAGAGAUACCAUGUGACGAACUAUUGAAGGAAAUGAACGGUGUUUAACUCAGUUAAGGGGAUGUGAUAGCUGUUGUCAGGUAUUUGAAUUCAAAAAGGAGAUUCAGCUUGUUCUGCUUGGUCCCAGAGAGCAGAAUUAGUGGGUAGAAGCUGUCCCAGCUCUUGAGAUUUUCUAAUCUUGUGAUUCAUUCUAAACCUUCUUAAAGUCAGUUAUGCAAAAUUUAUGUAAGAAAAAAAAAGCCAGUUGUAGAAGGAGAAGUUGUAGAAGCCAGUUGUAGAAGGCUUUGAGAUUCCAACCCAGGAAACUUCCAGUAAUGACCAAACAAGAUUUUCUCUACCAAAUGGAGGUAGAUAAGACCCUACCUCAGAGAAGGUAAACUGCUGGAGGUCAGACUUUUGGUGCCUUAUUUUCCAUAGCCCUAUGUCUAGGGCCAUGUCUGUUUUGGCCUUUCCCAAAGACUUAUUGAUUGAUUCAUUGAUUAUGAUCAAGCAGAUUCUGGUCAUUUCAAUCCCUUCAGAACCUUUUGUAAGAUGUCCUUAGGAAUGUAAUUAAUAGAAACGCAACUCUCUAAUGCAGACUUUUUCUUUAAGAGGAUUGUUUUAAUUGGUUAGAAUAACUCUAGCCAUGGCCCUUUUAGCCACAGUCAGUGGGGCCUUGUAGUCCAGGUGUCAGGGAGCAGGGGAGCAUCUCCACAAUAGACUAUCUGUUGGAAAGGAGUUUUUUCAUCAUCUUUUGCCCAAUCCAAGAAAAUCUGUCAGAGCCGUAUCAACAGAAGCAGUAAGAGGUUCAAAGAUCUCUGUAGUGGCAUUUAUUCUGUCAUCUUGUGUGGGCUUUAGGGUGUAUUCCCUUCUAGAAUCUCAAGGAGACCUUAAGUGUCAUCUAGCUUAACUUGUACUUGAAGCAGGAAUCCUUGGCAAAUAAGAUGGAGCAGUGGAAAGAGCGCUGGAUAGAGUUUGAGGACCAGGGCUUGAGUUCAGGCUUGGUUACUGUCUGUGUGACCUUAGGUAAGUCACUUAAACCCCUCAGUUUCCUCACUUGGAAUGUGAGAGCUUUGAACUACAGUUACCCCCUAAGGUCCCUCAGCUCUCUGUUAUCCUUCAAUCCAUCCUUUGCCGGGAGAUCACAUUUCCUAUUUUCUUGGCUUCACUUGCUUCUACAUUUCACUUUUGGAUACCUCUUCCAGAGGAUGUAAGUCUCCUUAGAGUCAUGUUCACUAAAGACUAGAUGGCCCAAGCCACCUUCGUGGACCUUUAAGACUUUAACCCUUUAAGACUUAAACAUUGGGGCAGCUAGGUGGCACAGUGGAUAGAGCACCGGCCCUGGAUUCAGGAGGACCUGAGUUCAAAUCCAGCCUCAGACACUUAACGCUUACUAGCUGUGUGACCCUGGGCAAGUCACUUAACCGCAAUUGCCCCACCAAAAAAAAAAAAAAAAAGACUUAAACAUCGCCAAGAUGAGAUUGUCGGAGCCAGCACAGGGCAGGUUGAGGCAUGUGUUCGACCUCGCCAUCUAUGAUGCAUAGACACCUUUGGGCCCCAUUCUCUUGUCUCCCUGGCCAACUCUUCCUAGCCUUGCUUUCCUGACUAACAUCUAGUAUUGCUUGUUGGAGACAGAUGGCAGAAUAGUGAUCAGUGAGAGUAAGUCACAGAGACAGAUUCAGGCUCCAUGUAAGGAAGAACUUCCAAACAGUGAGAGCCAUAGAAUGCACUGCUGGGGGUGAGAGUGAAUUCCUUAUCAAUGGAGAUGUCCAAAAAGAGGCUGUUUGGUUCCUUGUUGGAGAUACCGUAGAGGUAUCCUAUACCUCCUAUACUUCCAAGGAUAUAGGUCAGACCAGAUGUGUCCUGUGAGGUCCUUUACAAUUCCGAGAAUGUGAUUCUUCCUCUGUUCAUUUGGUUGCUUCUGCCUUGGACCGGUUGUAGUUCCUGCCUUUGAUCCAAGACCUUUUCACCUAUAUUGUGCCCACCCCUGUCUAGACUGGCUCCAUCCUUCAAGAGCCUUCAACAGGCUCUCAGUAAUGCUGUGAUCAUCAGCUCCUCUGGCAAGCUGGGAUUCUGGUUAAUCACUCCUUAACAUAACUAGUGUUCUAAGUGGGAAGCUCAUCAUUAUUUCUCUGAGACAGAAGCUCUCUGUAUUCUGUGUGUUGCUAGCUUUGCUGUUGUAGUGGUUAGCUGUUGUGCUUAGCAGCAGAUUUGCACCUAAAAGCCCUUAUUCAGGCUUCCAUUGGCCUGUUGUAUAAUUGAGAAAAGCUGUUGAUUUAUCUUCUGAGCUUGCUCUGCUUUGUCUAUAAGGAGCUAUGCCUUUUUCUCCUUCCAACACUUGCCUAAGACCAGUAAUGACAAAGUAGGAAAGAGGGUGGAGUGGCUCCCAGGUUAUACCCCACUGGUUGAACCCCUGAACUUAGUGCAAGUAAUGUUUGGUGGUUUUUUCCUUCAAAUACUUUUGCACAGGAAGGGCAGUCUGAUAGAGUGGAAAAGGACUGGGUUUGGAAUCCCAGCACUUGGGCUCAAGAUCUUGGGCAAAUCAUUCCUUUCCCUAGCCUCAGAUUUCCCACCUGUGAAAUGAGCAGCUAGAUCAGACAGCUUCUGAGUUCCUUUCCAGUAUUAAAUGUCUGAACUCUGAAGCUACUGAAGUUGGGUUUCCUCCCAUUCUGGUCAUGAUGGAGAGGCACGGGGGCAUGGUCCAGCUGGCCAGGACUUGGUGCCAGAAGACCUCGCUCCACAUCUCUACUUUGCCACCUCAUAGUUUGGGUGCCACUCAACAAGGUAGGUCAUAGUUUAGUUUUGAUAAUAAAAUGAGCUAAUAUAUGUAAAACUGCUUUGUGAGUUGUAAAACACUAUGUAAUGUCAGCUUUAGUGAUUAGUGUUAUUUUCCACCUGCAGGAAUAGGCUGAGACUUGAGUAGGGUGAAAGGGCAUGGUCAUCCUCAGAGGCAUCAGAGGCAUCUGUGCCUUUAAGUGAGUCCCUCCUCUGACCCCAUGGCCUAAAACGGAGCAGCCGCAGGGCCCCAGGGUCCUUAUUCUGAGGGUUUGUGGGCCCUGGCCUGCCACCAUGGUGACUCUAUUUCCCGGGCCUUCUGAUGUGAAUCUCCUGGUUGCUUGUGCUUUUAAUUCAUCCUUCCAUAUAUUUGGUAAACAUCUACUGAAGAGACCAUGCCUUGGAGAAAGGUUUGCAGGAAUAGGGUCCCUGCUUUCUGGGUAUGCUGUGUGGGAGGGUGAGGAGAGCAGAACACAGUCUCAGCUGUCCUAGACUUGCUGCUUUCCAGGUGACAGUAACUUAGGUCCUGCCUAACACCAGUAAGGAAAACAAGGGGUGGGGAAGGGGGUGGUGCAGUCCCCUGGUUAUGCCCUACUGGCUGAACCCCGAAUAGUUUAUAAAAGGCCUUGUACUUAGUACAAGUAAUAUUUAGUUGAAUAAAUAUUUGGUUGUGAUAA